AUUCCUUUCAUGUAUUCCGUGUUGUAAUUAUUUACAGAUAAGUUUGGUUUCACCGAGGUUUAUGGUCAAAUAGCUGAUUCAGAACGUGUGUAUAUGCACACACAGGAACGAUAUCGUAAAGGAUCUUAAAUAGGGACAUUAAAUGUGGACAUUUAGUUAACAAUGAGAUGUGGCAAAUAAUUAACAACAGGAAGUAAAUCAUUGCAAAUAUCCACGAAACACUCAGAUACUGGAUAAUUUGAUUGUUUCUGUUUCAUGACAGUCUUGUUUAACUAUUCCUAGUAUUGCUUGCAGUAUUAGGUCCUUACGUACGAUAACAGCUGUUGAAUCAUUGAGUCUUAUAAAGGAUUUUUUAAGAUUUGUAAUGACUAUAAUAUCUGAUAAUCACAUGAUUUGGUCGACGUGUAUUUUUAUCAAGGGUAUGACGUUAUAAACAAAUAUAGUUAUUAUUCACUUGAGUGACUCAAACAUUUGUUCGACAGUGAAUAUAAAGGAUUAGAUCACGAAAGAAGAUCAAUACUAUUCCUCAGUCAGUCAAUAUUAAAGGAAGACGAGUAACAGAAAGAAAUUCAUAUUUGUUAUAACAAUUGUGUUAGAAAAACCCCUUGAACCAUGGGGAGAUACUGCUUAAGAUUAAAGCCUAGGCCAGAAUCAAAUAGUGAUUCAGAAACAGACACGGACUCAGAUGAGUAUGGAAUUUGCUGUUCUCACGAAAGAGAACUCCAGAGGAGUCGAGAAGAAAUCAAAGAACUAGAACAUAAGCUUAAACAUCUUGAGACGGUAAACAUACUGGAAGUGGAACUUGGCAAGAAAAAUGCUGAUAAGCGUUGUUCCAAGUUGUCCUGUCAAGGGGUCGGGAAGUUUCAGAAAGAAAAAACAUAUGUUGUGGAUACCAAGAAAGGGACAAUUGAGUGUAUGAAUAACUCGCAAAAUAAUGGUUUGAGCUAUAAAGUUGCUGUCCGGGACAUUCUAAGUGUAGCAUUACAAAUGCCUGAUAAUCAUAAUGAAGACUUUGAUAUAACACAUUCAGACGCGGACCAUCAAAAUGAAGCGUUAACUGAAACAGAAAAUACAACCGUGCUGGAGCAGAAAGCAGAAAUAAACAGGUUGAUAAAAGAAAAUGAUCUUUAUAAACAAAAUAUACAAAAACUGAACGGUCAGAUUGAAGAGGAGAAGCUUGAACAGCGUAACUUAAUUCGAGUGUAUGAGGGGAUGAUUGAGGAAUUGAAAUCAAAACCAUUCAACAAUUCAGAUAAUAUCUCGCAAGAAAAGAUCUUAAAAGGACAGCUAGAAGAUGCAGAACACGAAAUACGAGAAAUAAAACUGGAGUUGGACGAGACAAAAACCAGACUAAGUAAGCUGUUGGGUCAGAAACUAACAGACAAAAAUCCAAACAUUGCUGAUCUUAGUGACAAAAACCGUCCAACAAACCUUGCUGAGAGAUAUUCGGAACUGUAUGACAAUCAGUGGACAGAUGCAUUUGAUUGUCUCAACAAAUGGCAUGAUGAGGCAACGACCAUUAAACAACUUUCGGAUAUUCUGAAGAAUGCCAUGGAUUUUUGCUCGUUCGAGUCCAAGAUUCAGAUGAAACAGCUACAGGAAUGUCUGUCGUUUUCAACGAAAAGUUCAGACUGUCAGAUACCUGGGACAAUAAUCAAAAGCCUCAAGGACUGUCGCAAGUCACUUGGAGAACCAACUGGCCAUGCUGUGUAUCAGAAAUACGUGGAACAUUUGCAACAAUCAGCACCAGAAUGCAUGGAUCUCCAAGUUCUGCCCUAUCUACAAGAAUGCAUUCAAUUGAGUUGGUUGAUGUGUAUCCAGGAUCCGCCUGUCGUUUUAAGCCCUGUUGGUACACAUGGCUCAAGGUUCGACACUGAUGUUUACAAGGCGUACACCAAAUGUGGUCCCAUCGUUGACUAUGUCGUCUGGCCAGCUCUUUGUCUCCAUGAGAGAGGUCCAUUGCUUUGCAAAGGAAUCGCACAGGGAUAUGGCGGGAAGAAAACAGCGAUAUAAAUGCAGUUAGCGAUUGGUUCACUGCCUUUGACAUCCUCUUAUAAUGUUUGAACUAUAACAAUUACUUUGGUAUUUUUGGUUAUAAAUUUAAUUAUACCAAUAUUAUAGCCUGCAAAAUCAUUGCAUAUGAACUUGA